AUGAACUUGGCCCAACUCAGUGCCAGUGGCGGCUUCCUUCACUUGAAGCAUGCCCACAAUCGCUUAGAGACGGUGGUUGAGAAGGAGAUCAAACAGUCACCGCAGCAGCGAAUGUCUGCGGAGGGCAUGGAUCCGAAUAGCAUGGAGGUCCUGGCCAUCAAGCACACGAACAGAAAACCCCAAGAGAAGUGA